AGAGAGGGAGGGAGAGAGAGAGAGAGAGGUGUCUCUCUCUUCCAGGAAGGGAUUAUUAACCAGCGCGCUGCCGACAUGUGAAGGAAAACACACGCAGACAAAAGAAGUUUUCACACCGACGGCUGCGCUAUGGACCCGGCCAGCACAUAAAGGAAAAGGAAAGCAAGAAAAGAAAAAGAAAAGGAAGCGGGCUACAUGAAAAUAACUUCUCCCACAACAACAAGCCGAGCAGUCGGACUGCCGCUUCUGCUGCAGCUGUGCGGCUUUCUAUAGGAGAGCAAAGGAGAUAAAAGAGCGGAGCACAACGGAAAAGUGGAAGGAGAGGGAGCGAACUUGACGGGAGAUAAUGUCUGAAUCCGCGACGAACAAGCAGGAGAGGAGCUCUUUCAGUCCUUCCGCGAACCCGCUGCCAAACUCCACUUCCUCCCCCGUCCAUGCUCCCGCCGCGAGGCCAGCCAGCCGAAUGGAGGACGAGCCUGCCAGGCUGCCUGCGCACCUGCGUCUGCAGCCCGUCUUUUGGAACAGGGAGGACGUGGCCCAGUGGCUGCGAUGGGCCGAAAAGGAGUUUGCCCUGCGGCCCAUCACCAGUGGCACUUUCCAGAUGAACGGCAAGGCCCUGCUGCUCCUCACUAAGGAAGACUUCCGCUACAGAUCCCCUCAUUCUGGGGACGUCCUGUAUGAGCUGCUGCAACACAUCCUGAAGCAGAGGAAGUCCCACGUGUUUUGCCCAUCUCCUUAUUUUCCUGGGAACUCCUUCCAUUCACUGCCUGAAAGCGCUGUGCAGCACCUGAAGCUCGAAGAAACGGUACGGCGGGCACCACGUGGUACAGAGCCCAUCCCCCAGCAUCCACCAACUAUUGAACUGCGGCACCGAUCCCGCUCCCCCCACAACCCGACCCCACGACGGUCCCCUCCUGAACCAAACCACCCUCGCUCCACCAAUGAAGACCACCUCCAAACCUUCUCUCAGCUUCCUGACAGCAACCACCACCUGCCAGAUGAAAUGUACCCCCUGUCGGUGUCCCCUGCAGCACCCAACGGGCGCUGUGCAACACCUAGAGAAGCCCCCUGCCCGGGCAGCCCUGGAGGCCAGGAGGCAGGCCCUCCUCGCGUCAUCCAACUCAUGCCCAGUGCCAUUAUGAACCCUUUGCUCCUCAGCCCAAGCAGAGGAGGCGGGGGUGCCAGCAUGGACUUCAGGCACAGUCGCGGUGGACCUCCAUCUCAGGUGACAAUGGAGAAUGGACGUGAGGGGAAAGUACAUGUUCACCAUCAUCAGCUGGCUCAGCAGCAACAGCAGCAGCACCUAAUUCAGCAGCAGCAGGACGAGGCGCUUUACAGGAACCACAUCAUCAUGCCUGUGUCUCCUCCAGAGGAGCAGCAAAUGCCCAUUGGGCGGAUAGCAGACUGCAGGUUGCUGUGGGACUACGUCUACCAGCUCCUGUCAGACAGCAGGUACGAGAACUACAUCCGCUGGGAGGAUCCGGAGAAUAAAGUCUUCCGCAUCAUGGACCCCAACGGCUUGGCAAGGCUCUGGGGCAACCACAAGAACAGAACCAAUAUGACAUACGAGAAGAUGUCGCGAGCACUGAGACACUACUACAAACUGAACAUUAUCAGGAAAGAGCCCGGACAAAGACUUCUGUUCAGGUUCAUGAAAACCCCCGAUGAGAUAAUGAAUGGACAGACUGAGCGGCUGGAGCACCUGGAGUCGGACACGGACGAACAAGUCUACAUCAAAGAGGAAUGCUGAAGAGCUCUGGGGAAAGGGAAUUCAUGAACUACUUACUACUACCACAUCCGCUGAUGCCUUUCAGAAGCAGCUUGAAAAAUCGUCAAUGAAUCUACAAAGUGUGGACAUUUGCUCGUAUUGGUCCCACAGGGAGGGACAUGAAAUCUGAUCUUCUGUAACAUUGCCUUAGGAUAUCCUCCUGAUGUACUGUAAAAAGUCAAAAAUAGCAUCUUUGAUUUGGACACAACUGAAAGGACUUUGUAAGUGUCCCUUUAUAUUUCUGUGCUGCAAAAACCAAUCACCUUGAGCUUCUAUGAUUUUCUUUAUUUUCCAUCUUCUCACAUGCAUUAGAUCUUGGUAUUUUUCCUGUUUGUAAAAAGAAAGUUGUAUGUAUGUAUGUAUGUGUGUGUGUGUGUGUGUGUGUGUGUGUGAGAGAGACAUGACCAUUUUCAUCAUGGAAUAAACAUUUUUGAUCAAA